AUGAUCAUUCGGCAGUAUAAAAUUUACUACCACGUACGUCAUCAACUGAUUCAAGCAAUCCUGAAUGCUGCGCAACGAUUGAUGGUGACGCAGAGUAAUCUGGAAAAUCGUCGCUUAACAAUUGAUGUCUGUGAAAUGCUAAUCAAAUGGGAGCAAUGGCGACUGAAGCAGAUCGGAGAUUGGUUGCAUCGACCAAUCGACAAAAUUCACGUGGAUUUUGCUGCCAAUUUGCUACUGAAAAUUGCUGUUUCAUUGCCAGAUACGGUAAGCUGUUCGCGUUUUUUCCCAUUCAUAAAAUUUGGGAAAAUUGCAUUGAUUCAUCUUUGGGGUACGUGGAACAGCUGUUAA